AUAAUCAACCACUAAAGGUCCUACUACUACUAAUUGGAUUCCGACGGCUGCAAGGAUGGCACACGUUUCAAACAGUCAAGGCGGUGGGUGUCCAAAAAUGCAGUCCUAGGCAGACGCCCAAGGAAAACCAAGGCCAUCCAUCCUCUCGCACACACAGACAGUACGUCAUGGACGUCGAAGAAGCGCCCAAGGACACGGGGACUCCGCCGGCGCAGCAUGGGCGCGGCAAGGCGAUGCACCGGCUCCUGGUGGCGCUCAACUGCGGGAUGCUGAUUCUGGGCACCACGGGCGGGCCGCUCCUCAGCCGCCUCUACUUCAGCAAGGGCGGGCACCGGCAGUGGCUGGCCGCGUGGCUGGAGACCGGCGGCUGGCCGCUGCUGCUGAUCCCUGUGGUGGCGUCCUACCUCACCCGGCGCUCGCGCGACCCCAGCGCGCCGCUGCUGCUCACCCGGCCUCGGUGGAUACUGCUCGCCGCGGCGGCGCUCGGGGUGGCCACCGGCGCGGACGACUUCCUGUACGCCUACGGCCUCUCGUACGUGCCGGUCUCCACCUCGGCCAUCCUCAUCUCCACGCAGCUGGCCUUCACCGUCCUCUUCGCGUUCCUCAUCGUUCGGCUGCGGCUGACGGCCUUCUCCAUGAACGCCGUCGCGCUGAUCACCAUCGGCGCCGUGGUGCUGGGCCUGCACGCCUCGUCGGACCGCCCCGCCGGGGUGACCAAGGGCCAGUAUUGGAUGGGCUUCUUUCUCAGCCUCGGCGCCGCCGCGCUGUACGGCCUCGUGCUGCCGCUCGUGGAGCUCACCUACAAGCGCGCCGCAAGCGGCGGCCGCGUGCUGACGUACGCGCUGGUGGUGGAGAUGCAGCUGGUCAUGGGAUUCUUCGCCACCGCCUUCUGCACCGUCGGCAUGAUCGUCAACAACGAUUUCCAGGCGAUCGCGAGGGAAGCGCGGGCGUUCGAGCUGGGAGAGGCACGCUACUACACGGUGCUGGUGUGGAGCUCCAUCUUCUGGCAGUUCUUCUUCCUCGGCGCCGUGGGCGUCAUCUUCUGCGUCCACACGCUCCUCACCGGAAUCCUCAUUGCCGCCUUCAUCCCGGUGACGGAGAUGCUGGGCGUCCUCCUACUCCACGAGAAGUUCAGCAGCGACAAGGGUGUCGCGCUCGUGCUCUCCCUCUGGGGCCUCGCCUCCUACUCCUACGGCGAGUAUGCCGACGCCCGGGCCAAGAAGAAGAAAGCAGCCAUGUGGGAAGCCCAAGCUUCAUAACCUGUAUAAUUUGAAGAACAACAUCUGCCAUGAUGCGUAUUCGGCAAUAUAUCGGAUCAUCCAAAAAAGAUAGCGGUGCAUUUGGACAUGCACGAGACCA